CUGAAUGAGCCGCCACCACCGCCGCCGCCGCCGCACGCCCUCGCCCACGCCCUCCACGCCCUGCAGCCGCGGACUCCCACCACACGCCGUCAGUCUCGCCCGAAUCUCAUCUGGGACGGACGUGUGUACCGCCGCCGCCGCCACCGCUCUGCCGCCACCCGCUCAGUGCUCAACCCGCCGCCAUGGUGAUCCAGGAGAAGAAGAAGAAGCAGGAGGCGAAGAAGAAGGAGGAGAAGAAGCCGCAGAAGCCACCGAAGGAUGAAAAAUGUAUUUGCCAGAUAUGCACGUGUGGGCGGCACCGUUGUCCCCACUCGCAGCCCACCGCGCGUCGCUGGCACCACACAGCCCUGGUGGACGAAGCGGCCCCCAUGGAGUACACGACGGAGCAGAGCGCGGCCUACAGGUCCUACUCGUCCUCCCAGCACCGCACCGCCCUCAAGAUGGAGAAGAAGUACCUCGAAUCCACCUUUGACGUGAGCGGCGGUGCCCAUGAACUGUCCGAGUCACAGGACGCCUCCUUCGCCGGCGCCCAGCAGGUGACAUCUUCCUCCAGCCAGGAACAAAGGUCCUCCAGCGUGCAGGAGAAGCGGGCGUACUCCAGCAUCCAGGAGAGCUCUUCCUCCAGCACGCAGCGAGAGAAGCAGCUGCGAUCCUCCUACGACCAGCACACCCAGGAGGAGCUGCAGAAGUUCGCAGACACGCUCUCCGUCAAGGAGGAAUUGUUCAAAAGCGAGACAGACCAGCAGAGACACCAGCAGCAGCAGCAGGCGAGACUCACUUUAGAUGGCGGCCGACACAGCACGCAGGCAUCGCAGCAGGCAGUGUUGAGAGUCGGGGAGCCCGGCUUGGUGGAGAUAAUCGCAGGAGAAGGAGGCGGCGGUCUGACAGUGACCAGCAGCACCACGCACUCCGCCUCCUCCAAGACAGCCGCCGAGCGCUCCUCCGUCACCUCCUUCCAGAUCUCUUCAUCCUCUUCAUCCUCACAAAAGUUACAAGAGAGUUCAGAGUCGCGUUACGUGAUAAGCGGAGGCGCCAUGGCCGUGGGAGGCAGCACACUGUUGGAGAGUCAGCACGGAGCAACAAGUAUGGAUGUGCAGCAGCUGAGUUCCGCAACAUCACGUACCGGCAGCCAACACCAGGAGAGCAAGUCUUUCUCUAAGCAGGAGCUCGAAAAAAUGUCACAAAGCAGCAGUCAACAUCGGGAGAGCAUUUCCAGUAAGCAGGAGCUCGAGAAAAUGUCACAAGUCAGCAGUCAGCAGCAUCAGGAGAGCAUGUCGUCUUCCAAAAAGGAGCUCCAGGACAUGUCACAGACUCAGCAAAUGUCUUGGUCGAGUCAGCAACAGUCCCAGAGUCGCCACAUGUCUUCCGAGAGUCAUCAGACGUCCAGUAGUCAGAUGUCGGAACUGGAGAUGUCCCAGAGAAAGACUUCAGAGAGUCAAAGAACUUCGCGUAGCCAGGAAGUGUCCCUCGCUAGUCAAGAGGCUUCCCAACGCAGUACGCACGUCGAGAGUCGCCAAGAGACUGCCUCGGCCACGUCCCAGCACACCUCGCAGACCCAACAGAGUAUACAGACGGCACACACCAGAGACGAUCGCACCGCCAGAACCAGACAGGAGUUGUCCAGCCUUAAAGUUGAGGGGGACUACCACGGUAAGAGUACAGCAAAGGAAGAAUUCAUGACAAUAUCCGGCGUAGCUCUGCCGGCCAAGCGACCUCAAGACUCGAUCAAGCUGACGGGAGAGUACAACUACCCCGAGAGAACCGUGCCAGGCAAGGGAGCCCGAGCCGACGUGAAGAGACCGUCCGAUAACCUUAGGCCUGAGGGAGACUUCACAGCCCCUGAGAGGACAGCACCAGGCAAGGGAGACCGCGCCGAUUUUAAGAGACCUUCCGAUUCUCUGAGGCCCGAGGGAGACUUUUCCGUGCCCGAUAAGACUUCACCAGGAAAGGGAGACCGAGCGUACGUCAAGAGGCCUUCAGACAACCUUAGGCCCGAAGGAGAUUUCACAGCCCCCGACAAGACCUCGCCAGGCAAAGGAGACCGAGCGGACGUCAAGAGACCUUCAGACAACCUAAGACCUGAGGGAGACUUUUCCGUCCCCGAUAAAACAACACCAGGAAGAGGAGACCGCGCAGACGUCAAGAGGCCUUCAGACAACCUUAGGCCCGAGGGAGACUUCACAGCCCCUGACAAGACCUCGCCAGGGAAAGGAGACCGAGCGGACGUUAAGAGGCCUUCAGACAACCUAAGACCUGAGGGAGACUUCUCUGUGCCCGACAAGGCCUCGCCAGGUGUGGGUGAUCGCGCCCCUGUACGGAGGCCGCAGGACAACCUUGCUCCGUCUGGCGAUUUUGAAGGUGUCAGCACAAGCAAGAACUACUACAAUGUUGUCCAAGGCGAGAGGGCAGACGUCAGGCAGCACCACGACUCCCUGAAGCUGACGGGAGAGUUCAGCGGCGUCACGUCCAGCCAAGAGACGUACCAGCAGCACCAGUCCGUGUCACGAUCAGAGCGAGUCAUCCACGAGGACAGCAUGCGGAUCGAGGGAGACAUGAGCACCAUGCAGUCAUCUUCCCAAUCUGAGUACUACGAGAAGACCGGGGAGCGACCCAAACUGCAGCGGAAGAAGACGUGGACCAAGCUCGAGGGGGAUAUGUACAUGAACCGCUCCAGCGACGAGUACCAAGCCUACCAGACGAGCGAGAGGAGCCACGUGACUCGCCACGAGGACAACCUCAAAAUGGAAGGAAUAUUUGAGGGGAAGACGAAAGACACCGAGAUACUGAGAGGUGAAAGAGCGAGCACCAGGCGCCAUGAAGACAACCUGAAGCUGGAGGGAAUCUUUGAGGGGAAGCCGACAGACAAGGUUCCUCACGGGGAGAGGGCGCCCACCAAGAAGCAUCCCGACAACCUCCGUCUUGAGGGAGACUUUGAAGGAAAGCCAGUCGAAGAGGCCCCAGUCGGCGAGCGGGCAGGGAUAAAACGCUACCCUGACAACCUCAAACUCUCCGGCGACAUCGAAGCGCCUUCGCCCGAGGGUGUUCCUCUACCGGAGAGAGAAGCCAUCAAAAGGUAUCCAGAUAACCUGCGUAUGGAAGGGGAGUUCACCGGACGCUCCAGGAGCCGCAGCCCCAUCAAGGGAGAGAGAGCACAGCAGAAGCGCCACGCUGACAAUCUUAAGAUGGAGGGGACCUUCGAGGGCAUGGAGAGGAGCAAGAGUCCCACGAAGGGGGAACGCGCCCCAACGAAGAGGCAUCCUGAUAACCUCAAGGUGGAAGGAGACUUUUUGGGUCGAUCACCAGAGUCUGCUCCGAAGGGAGAGCGUGCCCCUGUCAAGAGACAUCCUGAUAAUCUAAAGAUGGAGGGGGAUUUUGAGCCCAAACCAAGGGGGCGAAGUCCAGUCAAGGGUGAGAGAGCAAAGACUAAAAAACACCCAGACAAUCUGAAAAUUGAGGGAGAAUUCGAAGGAAAGCCCAAGGAACAGGCUCCCAAAGGUGACAGAGCAACUGUGAAGAAGCACGAGGACAAUCUCAAGAUGGAAGGUCCUCUGGCGGGGAGGGAACGCAGCAAGAGUCCAACAAAAGGAGAGAGAGCCCAGAUCAAGAGGCAUCCUGACAAUCUGAAAUUACAAGGAGACUUCGAAGGGAGGCCAACAGACACAACUCCACUCAAGGGUGACAGAGCCAAAAUAGUGCGUCACGAAGACCAGCUGCACAUGGAGGGUGACUUUAGUAUGGAAAGGAAGGAGCAGGUCAUAUUCAGGGGCGAAAGAGCUGAGAUCAAAAGACACGAGGACAGUCUGAGGAUGGAAGGAUCCUUUACGGGACGAGAAGAGGAAUAUUACACCAAGGGAGAGCGAGCCAGCGUCGUGAGGCACGAGGACAACCUUCGUAUGCAGGGAGACUUCAUCGUGCCUGAGUCGGAGGAGGUCCCCAGAGGAGUGCGAGAGCCGAUGAAGAAAUACCCUGACAACAUCAAGCUCUCAGGAGACUUUAUGGGGAAGCCCCGCGAAGGUGCGCCUCACGGUGAGCGUGCUCCUAUUAGGAGACAUCCAGACAACCUGAAAAUGGAAGGAGACUUUGUCGCUCCGGCUCCCGAAGAAGUCCCAAGGGCAGAAAGAGCACCAGUAAAGAAGCAUCAGGAUAACCUGCGUAUGACAGGGGAGUUCCAGGGCAAGGAAGAGGAUUACCGCAUAACACGAGGAGAAAGAGUGGAAGUGGUUCGCCGAGAGGACAAUCUUAGAAUGGAAGGAGAAUUUAUUGGCAAGGAACACGAAGAAAUUACGAUUGGUGAACGAGCUUCCGUCAAAAGACACCCAGACAACCUUAAGAUGGCGGGAGACUUUUAUGCUCCCUCACCUGAAGACGCCCCUAGAGGGGAAAGAGCUCCUAUAAAGAGGCACGAAGACAAUCUGCGGAUGACCGGCAGCUUCCAAGGAAAGGAAGAAGAGACAAGGACCUUCAGAGGUGAACGAACAGAGAUCGUGCGCCACACUGAUAAUCUAAGAAUGGAAGGAGAUUUUAUUGGCAAGGAAUACGAGGAAGUAACGAUUGGUGAACGAGCACCGGUUAAGAGACAUCCAGACAACUUACGGAUGGACGGACAGUUUUACGCCCCAACACCUCAGGACGCUCCGAGAGGAGAAAGAGCUCCCGUCAAGAAGCACCCGGACAACUUAACAAUGGCUGGAGACUUCGAGGGCAAGCCCAGAGAAGACGCUCCAUAUGCCCAAAGAGCACCGGUUAAAAAACACCCUGACAACCUGCGUAUGGACGGAGACUUCUACGCUCCAGAACCUGGUGAUGCUCCACGUGGGGAAAGAGCUCCCGUCAAGAGACACCCCGACAACCUGAAAAUGACUGGCGACUUCGAGGGUAAACCAAGGGAGGACGCUCCCUAUGCUCAAAGGGCCCCAGUAAAGAAACAUCCCGACAACCUCCGCAUGGACGGCGACUUCUACGCUCCUUCUCCUGACGAAGCUCCCAAAGGUGAACGGGCUCCUGUCAAGAAACACCCCGACAACUUAAAAAUGGUUGGCGACUUCGAGGGUAAGCCAAGAGAGGACGCACCCUAUGCUCAAAGGGCCCCAGUCAAGAAACAUCCCGACAACCUUCGCAUGGACGGAGACUUCUACGCUCCCUCUCCUGACGAAGUGCCUCGAGGUGAGCGAGCUCCCAUCAAGAAGCACCCCGACAACUUGAAGAUGGUAGGUGACUUCGAAGGCAAGCCAAGAGAGGACGCUCCCUAUGCUCAAAGGGCCCCAGUCAAGAAACAUCCUGACAACCUUCGCAUGGACGGAGACUUCUACGCUCCUUCUCCUGACGAAGCGCCUCGAGGCGAACGAGCUCCCAUCAAGAAGCACCCCGACAACUUAAAGAUGGUAGGUGACUUCGAAGGCAAGCCAAGAGAGGACGCUCCCUAUGCUCAAAGGGCCCCAGUCAAGAAACAUCCUGACAACCUUCACAUGGACGGUGACUUCUACGCCCCCACCCCUGGUGAGGCUCCUCGCGGUGAGAGGGCGCCGGUCAAGAAACAUCCUGACAACCUCAAAAUGGUCGGAGACUUCGAAGGCAAGCCGAAAGAGGACGCUCCCUACGCCCAGAGAGCCCCGGUCAAGAAGCACCCCGACAACCUCCGUAUGGAAGGGGACUUCAUUGCACCAACUCCUGAAGAAGCCCCCAGAGGCGAACGUGCACCAGUCAAACGCCACCAAGAUAACCUGAAAAUGACUGGGGAGUUCCAAGGAAAAGAGGAAGAGUUCACAGUUGUCCGUGGAGAAAGAGUUGACGUUGUCCGCAGGGAGGACAACCUCCGCAUGGAGGGAGAAUUCACAGGAAAGGAAUAUGAGGAAGUCACAGUUGGUGAACGUGCAACUGUACAGAAACGCGUCGACAACCUACGCAUGGAAGGAGAAUUCAUCGGAAAGGAGUACGAGCAAGUGACCGUCGGUGAACGUGCCACCAUCAAGAAGCACACCGACAACCUUCGCAUGGAUGGAGAAUUCUACGCCCCCUCUCCAGGAGAAGCUCCGCGCGGUGAAAGAGCGCCGGUCAAGAAACAUCCUGACAAUCUGAAGAUGGUUGGAGACUUUGAGGGCAGGCCAAGGGAAGACGCUCCCUAUGCCCAAAGGGCCCCAGUCAAGAAACACCCGGACAACCUCCGUAUGGACGGCGACUUCUACGCUCCUUCUCCUGACGAAGUGCCCCGAGGCGAACGAGCUCCAGUCAAGAAACACCCCGACAACUUGAAGAUGGUUGGCGACUUUGAGGGGAAGCCACGAGAAGAUGCCCCCUACGCCGAGAGAGCACCUGUCAAGAAGCACCCAGACAACCUCCGCAUGGACGGUGACUUCUACGCUCCCUCUCCUGACGAAGUGCCUCGUGGCGAGCGAGCUCCAAUCAAGAAACACCCCGACAACUUGAAGAUGGUUGGUGACUUCGAGGGCAAACCACGAGAGGACGCCCCCUAUGCUCAAAGGGCCCCUGUCAAGAAACAUCCCGACAACCUCCGCAUGGAUGGUGACUUCUAUGCUCCUUCUCCUGACGAAGCUCCCAAAGGUGAACGUGCUCCAAUCAAGAAGCACCCCGACAACCUGAGAAUGGUCGGUGACUUCGAAGGCAAACCACGAGAGGACGCUCCCUAUGCUGAAAGGGCCCCAGUCAAGAAACAUCCCGACAACCUUCGCAUGGACGGAGACUUUUAUGCCCCUGCCCCUGGUGAGGCCCCUCGUGGUGAAAGAGCACCUGUCAAGAAGCACCCAGACAACUUGAAGAUGGUUGGAGAUUUCGAGGGCAAACCACGAGAGGACGCUCCCUAUGCUCAAAGGGCCCCAGUAAAGAAACAUCCCGACAACCUCCGCAUGGAUGGUGACUUCUAUGCUCCUUCUCCUGACGAAGCUCCCAGAGGUGAAAGAGCACCUAUCACGAAGCACCCCGACAACCUGAAAAUGGUUGGCGACUUCGAAGGUAAGCCAAGAGAGGAUGCACCGUAUGCUCAGAGGGCCCCAGUCAAGAAACAUCCUGACAACCUUCGCAUGGACGGAGACUUCUACGCUCCUUCUCCUGACGAAGCGCCUCGAGGCGAGCGAGCUCCCGUCAAGAGGCACCCGGACAACUUGAAGAUGGUCGGUGACUUCGAAGGCAAGCCAAGGGAAGACGCUCCCUAUGCUGAAAGGGCUCCAGUCAAGAAACAUCCUGACAACCUUCGCAUGGACGGAGACUUCUACGCCCCUGCCCCUGGUGAGGCUCCUCGUGGGGAGAGAGCACCCGUCAAGAGGCAUCCUGACAACUUGAAGAUGACGGGAGACUUCGAAGGCAAGCCAAAAGAGGAUGCUCCUUAUGCCCAAAGGCAACCCGUCAAGAAGCACCCUGACAACCUUCACAUGGACGGUGACUUCUACGCCCCCACCCCUGGUGAGGCUCCUCGCGGUGAGAGGGCGCCGGUCAAGAAACAUCCUGACAACCUCAAAAUGGUCGGAGACUUCGAAGGCAAGCCGAAAGAGGACGCUCCCUACGCCCAGAGAGCCCCGGUCAAGAAGCACCCCGACAACCUCCGUAUGGAAGGGGACUUCAUUGCACCAACUCCUGAAGAAGCCCCCAGAGGCGAACGUGCACCAGUCAAACGCCACCAAGAUAACCUGAAAAUGACUGGGGAGUUCCAAGGGAAAGAGGAAGAGUUCACAGUUGUCCGUGGAGAAAGAGUUGACGUUGUCCGCAGGGAGGACAACCUCCGCAUGGAGGGAGAAUUCACUGGAAAAGAAUAUGAGGAAGUCACAGUUGGUGAACGUGCAACUGUACAGAAACGCGUCGACAACCUACGCAUGGAAGGAGAAUUCAUCGGAAAGGAGUACGAGCAAGUGACCGUCGGUGAACGUGCCACCAUCAAGAAGCACACCGACAACCUUCGCAUGGAUGGAGAAUUCUACGCCCCCUCUCCAGGAGAAGCUCCGCGCGGUGAAAGAGCGCCGGUCAAGAAACAUCCUGACAAUCUGAAGAUGGUUGGAGACUUUGAGGGCAGGCCAAGGGAAGACGCUCCCUAUGCCCAAAGGGCCCCAGUCAAGAAACACCCGGACAACCUCCGUAUGGACGGCGACUUCUACGCUCCUUCUCCUGACGAAGUGCCCCGAGGCGAGCGAGCUCCAAUCAAGAAACACCCCGACAACUUGAGGAUGGUUGGCGACUUUGAGGGGAAGCCACGAGAAGAUGCCCCCUACGCCGAGAGAGCACCUGUCAAGAAGCACCCAGACAACCUCCGCAUGGACGGUGACUUCUACGCUCCCUCUCCUGACGAAGUGCCUCGUGGCGAGCGAGCUCCAAUCAAGAAACACCCCGACAACUUGAAGAUGGUUGGUGACUUCGAGGGCAAACCACGAGAGGACGCCCCCUAUGCUCAAAGGGCCCCCGUCAAGAAACAUCCUGACAACCUCCGCAUGGACGGAGACUUUUAUGCCCCCGCCCCUGGUGAGGCCCCUCGUGGUGAGAGAGCACCUGUCAAGAAACACCCUGACAACUUGAAGAUGGUUGGUGACUUCGAAGGCAAACCACGAGAGGACGCUCCCUAUGCUCAAAGGGCCCCUGUCAAGAAACAUCCCGACAACCUCCGCAUGGAUGGUGACUUCUAUGCUCCUUCUCCUGACGAAGCUCCCAGAGGUGAACGUGCUCCAGUCAAGAAGCACCCCGACAACCUGAGAAUGGUCGGUGACUUCGAAGGCAAAGCACGAGAGGACGCUCCCUAUGCUGAAAGGGCCCCAGUCAAGAAACAUCCCGACAACCUUCGCAUGGACGGAGACUUUUAUGCCCCUGCCCCUGGUGAGGCCCCUCGUGGUGAGAGAGCACCUGUCAAGAAGCACCCAGACAACUUGAAGAUGGUUGGAGAUUUCGAAGGCAAACCACGAGAGGACGCUCCAUAUGCUCAAAGGGCCCCAGUAAAGAAACAUCCCGACAACCUCCGCAUGGAUGGUGACUUCUAUGCUCCUUCUCCUGACGAAGCUCCCAGAGGUGAAAGAGCACCUAUCACGAAGCACCCAGACAACCUGAAAAUGGUUGGCGACUUCGAGGGUAAGCCAAGAGAGGAUGCACCGUAUGCUCAGAGGGCCCCAGUCAAGAAACAUCCUGACAACCUUCGCAUGGACGGAGACUUCUACGCUCCUUCUCCUGACGAAGCGCCUCGAGGCGAACGAGCUCCCGUCAAGAGGCACCCGGACAACUUGAAGAUGGUGGGUGACUUCGAAGGCAAGCCAAGAGAGGACGCUCCCUAUGCUCAAAGGGCUCCAGUCAAGAAACAUCCUGACAACCUUCGCAUGGACGGUGACUUUUACGCCCCCACCCCUGGUGAGGCUCCUCGCGGUGAGAGGGCGCCGGUCAAGAAACAUCCUGACAACCUCAAAAUGGUCGGAGACUUCGAAGGCAAGCCGAAAGAGGACGCUCCCUACGCCCAGAGAGCCCCGGUCAAGAAGCACCCCGACAACCUCCGUAUGGAAGGGGACUUCAUUGCACCAACUCCUGAAGAAGCCCCCAGAGGCGAACGUGCACCAGUCAAACGCCACCAAGAUAACCUGAAAAUGACUGGGGAGUUCCAAGGAAAAGAGGAAGAGUUCACAGUUGUCCGUGGAGAAAGAGUUGACGUUGUCCGCAGGGAGGACAACCUCCGCAUGGAGGGAGAAUUCACAGGAAAGGAAUAUGAGGAAGUCACAGUUGGUGAACGUGCAACUGUACAGAAACGCGUCGACAACCUACGCAUGGAAGGAGAAUUCAUCGGAAAGGAGUACGAGCAAGUGACCGUCGGUGAACGUGCCACCAUCAAGAAGCACACCGACAACCUUCGCAUGGAUGGAGAAUUCUACGCCCCCUCUCCAGGAGAAGCUCCGCGCGGUGAAAGAGCGCCGGUCAAGAAACAUCCUGACAAUCUGAAGAUGGUUGGAGACUUUGAGGGCAGGCCAAGGGAAGACGCUCCCUAUGCCCAAAGGGCCCCAGUCAAGAAACACCCGGACAACCUCCGUAUGGACGGCGACUUCUACGCUCCUUCUCCUGACGAAGUGCCCCGAGGCGAGCGAGCUCCAAUCAAGAAACACCCCGACAACUUGAGGAUGGUUGGCGACUUUGAGGGGAAGCCACGAGAAGAUGCCCCCUACGCCGAGAGAGCACCUGUCAAGAAGCACCCAGACAACCUCCGCAUGGACGGUGACUUCUACGCUCCCUCUCCUGACGAAGUGCCUCGUGGCGAGCGAGCUCCAAUCAAGAAACACCCUGACAACUUGAAGAUGGUCGGUGACUUCGAGGGCAAACCGCGAGAGGACGCCCCCUAUGCUCAAAGGGCCCCAGUCAAGAAACAUCCUGACAACCUCCGCAUGGACGGUGACUUCUAUGCUCCUUCUCCUGACGAAGCUCCCAGAGGUGAACGUGCUCCAGUCAAGAAGCACCCCGACAACCUGAGAAUGGACGGCGACUUCGAAGGUAAACCACGAGAGGACGCUCCCUAUGCUGAAAGGGCCCCAGUCAAGAAACAUCCCGACAACCUUCGCAUGGACGGAGACUUUUAUGCCCCCGCCCCUGGUGAGGCCCCUCGUGGUGAGAGAGCACCUGUCAAGAAGCACCCUGACAACUUGAAGAUGGUCGGUGACUUUGAGGGCAAACCACGAGAGGACGCUCCCUAUGCUCAAAGGGCCCCUGUCAAGAAACAUCCCGACAACCUCCGCAUGGAUGGUGACUUCUAUGCUCCCUCUCCUGACGAAGCUCCCAGAGGUGAAAGGGCACCUAUCACGAAGCACCCAGACAACCUGAAAAUGGUUGGCGACUUCGAGGGUAAGCCAAGAGAGGACGCUCCUUAUGCCCAAAGGGCCCCAGUCAAGAAACACCCUGACAACCUCCGCAUGGACGGUGACUUCUACGCCCCCUCUCCUGACGAAGUGCCUCGUGGCGAGCGAGCUCCAAUAACGAAACACCCUGACAACUUGAAGAUGGUUGGUGACUUCGAGGGCAGACCACGAGAGGACGCUCCGUAUGCUCAAAGGGCCCCAGUAAAGAAACAUCCUGACAACCUCCGCAUGGACGGAGACUUUUAUGCUCCAUCUCCUGACGAGGCUCCCAGAGGUGAACGUGCUCCAAUCAAGAAGCACCCCGACAAUCUGAGAAUGGUCGGCGACUUCGAAGGUAAACCACGAGAGGACGCUCCCUAUGCUGAAAGGGCCCCAGUCAAGAAACAUCCCGACAACCUUCGCAUGGACGGAGACUUUUAUGCCCCCGCCACUGGUGAGGCCCCUCGGGGUGAGAGAGCACCUGUCAAGAAGCACCCAGACAACUUGAAGAUGGUUGGAGAUUUCGAGGGCAAACCACGAGAGGACGCUCCCUAUGCCCAGAGAGCCCCAGUCAAGAAACAUCCCGACAACCUCCGUAUGGAAGGGGACUUCAUUGCACCAACUCCUGAAGAAGCCCCCAGAGGCGAACGUGCACCAAUCAAACGCCACCAAGAUAACCUGAAAAUGACUGGGGAGUUCCAAGGAAAAGAGGACGAGUUCACAGUUGUCCGUGGAGAAAGAGUUGACGUUGUCCGCAGGGAGGACAACCUCCGCAUGGAGGGAGAAUUCACAGGAAAGAAAUAUGAGCAAGUCACAGUUGGUGAACGUGCAACUGUACAGAAACACGUUGACAACCUACGCAUGGAAGGAGAAUUCAUCGGAAAGGAGUACGACCAAGUCACCGUCGGUGAACGUGCCACCAUCAAGAAGCACACCGACAACCUUCGCAUGGAUGGAGAAUUCUACGCCCCCUCUCCAGGAGAAGCUCCGCGCGGUGAAAGAGCGCCGGUCAAGAAACAUCCUGACAAUCUGAAGAUGGUUGGAGACUUUGAGGGCAGGCCAAGGGAAGACGCUCCCUAUGCCCAAAGGGCCCCAGUCAAGAAACACCCGGACAACCUCCGUAUGGACGGUGACUUCUACGCUCCUUCUCCUGACGAAGUGCCCCGAGGCGAGCGAGCUCCAAUCAAGAAACACCCCGACAACUUGAGGAUGGUUGGCGACUUUGAGGGGAAGCCACGAGAAGAUGCCCCCUACGCCGAGAGAGCACCUGUCAAGAAGCACCCAGACAACCUCCACAUGGACGGUGACUUCUACGCUCCCUCUCCUGACGAAGUGCCUCGUGGCGAGCGAGCUCCAAUCAAGAAACACCCCGACAACUUGAAGAUGGUCGGUGACUUCGAGGGCAAACCACGAGAGGAUGCCCCCUAUGCUCAAAGGGCCCCCGUCAAGAAACAUCCUGACCACCUCCAUAUGGAUGGUGACUUCUAUGCUCCUUCUCCUGACGAAGCUCCCAGAGGUGAACGUGCUCCAGUCAAGAAGCACCCCGACAACCUGAGAAUGGUCGGUGACUUCGAAGGGAAGCCACGAGAAGAUGCCCCGUACGCAGAGAGAGCACCAGUCAAGAAGCACCCGGACAACCUCCGCAUGGACGGAGACUUCUACGCUCCUUCUCCUGACGAAGUGCCUCGUGGCGAGCGAGCUCCAGUCAAGAAACACCCCGACAACUUGAAGAUGGUCGGUGACUUCGAGGGCAAACCACGAGAGGACGCUCCUUAUGCUCAGAGGGCCCCAGUCAAGAAGCAUCCCGAUAACCUCCGCAUGGAUGGCGACUUCUACGCCCCCGCCCCUGAGGAGGCUCCUAGAGGUGAGCGGGCGCCAGUGAAAAGGCAUGAUGACAACCUCCGCAUGACUGGAGAAUUCGUUGGUAAAGAAGAAGAAUAUAAAGUUGUUCGUGGCGAGCGUGUUGAUGUGUCUCGGCGUGAAGACAACUUGCAGAUGGAGGGAGAAUGGCUGGGUCAGUCUAGCACCCAUUAUGACUACCCAGUGGUGUCCUCUAUUCGUAGCCAGGUCGUUCGUCAUGCUGAUAAUCUGAGGCAAGAAGGUGAAUUUGUGGGCAAAACUCAGUUUGCUGACGAUUACCAAUUGCACCAAACUCAACGAGCACAAGCUGUGAAACAUGCUGACAACCUUACCAUCGAGGGCAAGUACCACCUGGAUACCCUUCAGAGAGACGAGUACACGAUCCACAAAGGCGUUCGCGCUGAAGUCAAGAAGCACAGUGAUAACCUGAAGGUUGAAGGAGAGUUUCUUGGGCGUCGCUCGCACGAGGUGCCUGUAGGGGAACGAGCUCCUGUGGUCAGACACCCAGACCACCUGCGAACAGACGGGGAAUUCCAAGGCAAGCCUGUGGAAGAUGCUCCCCGCGGCGAGAGAGCACCGAUAAAAAAGCAUCCAGACAACCUUAAGAUGGAAGGUGAUUUUGAAGGAAAGCCUCAGCAAAGCCCCGUGAGGGGAGAGCGAGCAGCUAUUAAGAAGCAAGAGGAUUCGCUCCGCAUGGAAGGCAAAUUUGAGGGUCGCAGAAAGUCGGCAGCUACGAAAGGCGAAAGAGCGGACGUGAAACGACAAUCAGACAACCUGCGCCUAGAAGGUGAUAUGACCUUUGUAAGAGAAGAGGCUGCCGUCAACGGAGAAAGGGCAGAGAUAACUAAGCAUGCUGACAACCUAAGAAUGGAAGGGGAGCUGGAAGUGAGCAAGACUACCUAUGCCACCAAGGGAGAAAGAGCAGCAGUCCAGAGACAUGAAGACUCACUCAAGAUGGAAGGCGACAUGAUCAUUACCAGGAAGGAAAUGGCAACGCGAGGUGAAAGGGCCGAGAUUCGGAAGCACGAAGAUCACCUGAAGACCGUGGGUGAGUUUGAGGGGAAAGAGAAAACAGUGGUUACAAAGGGAGAACGUGCAGAGAUCAAGAAACACAAAGACAACCUCAAGAUGGAAGGAGAACUCUCCAUAGAGAAGAGCACCUCCGUGUUGAAGGGAGAACGAGCAACAAUCAAAAAGCAUGAAGACUCCCUCAAAAUGGAAGGCAAGUUUGAGGGCCGAAGAAAAUCAGCCGCUGUCGGAAGAGGUGAGAGAGCAGAAGUCAAGAGGCCAAAGGACAACCUGAAGCAGGAAGGCUCUCUGGAGGUGACCAAAGAAACGAAAACCGUCACCAAGGGACAGCGGGCAGAAGUCAAGCGACACGAGGAUCAUCUGAAAAUGGAGGGCAGCUUCGAAGGGAGAAGAAAAACCACAACAACUAUCAGAGGUGAGCGUGCCGAGAUCAAGAAGCACGAGGAUAACCUGAAAAUGGAGGGUAAUUUCGAAGGCUUCCAAAGGACCAGCACCCCGGUGAAGGACGGCGUUAAAAGAACAGAAACUUUCAAGGUGACGGCCGAACGAGCGGAGAUCAGGAAGCAUGAAGACAACCUUAAGGUCGAGGGUGAAUUUUAUGGUUCAUCACCAGCCGUCAGUCCCAUCAAGGGUGACCGAGCUGACGUCAGGAAACCCAAGGAUAAUCUCUCCGUGAGUGGACCAUUCGAGGGUCGUCCUAAAGACUCACCUGGCGUGGGUGAACGUCCUCCGCCUUACAAGUACGACGACCACCUGAAGAUGGAAGGUGACUUUGAGGGGCGAAGAAAGGGAUCCCCUGGAAAGGGCGAACGACUGCCGCAGAAGAGACAUCCCGACAACCUGCGGCUGGAGGGUGACAUUGAUGGAAGGUCUCCUUACAGUCCAGGGAAAGGCGAGCGACUCCCUCAGAGGCGCUACCAAGACAACCUGAAACUGGACGGCAGCUUUGAAGGCAGGCCGCGGGACAGUCCAGGCGCGGGUGAACGGCUCCCGCAGAAGAGAUAUCCCGACAAUCUCAAGUCUGAGGGUGAUAUGGAAGGGCGGGAAAAGGGCAGCCCUGGAGAGGGUGAGCGGCUUCCACAGAAGCGUUAUCCAGACAACCUGAAGGUGGAAGGAGACUUCGAGGGGCGGCGACGGUCCUCCGCCGUGCAGGGUAGCCGUGCCUCGAUCACCAAGCACGAGGACAGUCUGCGGCUGGAGGGAGAGUUCACGGGAUCGCGGCGAGAGAGCAGCGUCAUCAACGGUCGGACUGAGGUGCAAAGGACUAAUGAAGCAGCGUCAUCGGCGGGCACCGUCCAGACCAGACACGACGCCUCCAGUAUGCUGGCCGGCAGCACCUCCGUGACUAGCAAGACGGAGGAGUCCAGCUCCGUACAGAAAACAGCGUCCAACAAGGCCGACUCUGCCUCCCACCGUGACGUGCAGACGAUCGAGUCCUACACCGCUGACGGCCGCAAGGUGACGCGAGUCGUCACCAAAGAAACUCGCGAGACCAAGUCUGCCUCGCGGGCGGAGUCACGAGCCACGAGUGUCAAGACCAGCUCAGAAGAACGCAAGAUCUCCUCAGCCGAGGCCAAGAUGCAGUCCUCCGAAAUGUCUCAGUCACAUGAAACUUCGACAGCGGCAGGCAGGUCAGUGAAGGGAAGGUCGCCCCAGCCGGCUACCACACCCACUGGCCGCGGUCGCCAUAACCAGUCUUCCUUCUCCUUGGGGGAGGACGUGAGCAUCAGUGAGGCCAGGAGUGGCCGUUCCUCGGCCCAGCAGAAGUCCACAUCCAGCAGCCAGAUCAGCCUUGACGCCACCGUAAAGGAGUCCUCCGCCUCGACGCGGGAGAUGGCCUCCUCACUGCGGCAGGCGGACGCUCUGGACCUGCGAGGCGGCAGCAAGACUGAAACCUUGCACGGCGUCAACCAGUCCCAGGGGGCCAGUCACUCCUCCCACAUGAGUGGCUCCCAAGAGGAGUACCGCAAGUGGUCGGCACACCACCAGCAGCAAAGCGAGCAGCGGCGCACCUCCAGCUCCGCCGCCACCACCAGUCGCAGCGAGCAGCGCGUCACCUCACGGGGCCGCGGCAACGCCUCCUCCAUUACCUUCCACUCGGAGUACGACCCGUGGCGCGACGCGACCAUCACACGCCGCGGCGAGUGGCAGAUCGUCACCCCGUGCCCAGCCUCCCUGCUCGAGACGCGCGCCUCCAGCUACAAGUCCGCGCACGAGUCCAAGGACCACAAGUUCUACUUGCCUGUGGUUGACUGAGCAGCGACACACGUGUACUCACGGCACCGCUCAUGUAACCUGUGAUGCUGACGGCCUUACAACACGUAAUCGUAGACAAUGUUCCGAGCCUUACCUUGUACGACUGGUCUAGACUGUGAUUCUAGAGUAACGCUCAAACUGACACGCCGAGGAACGCCUCAAGGCCUUCCUCGGUGCUAACUGUAACUUUUCGUAGCUCUAUUAAGGGACCUUCACAGCCAUGCUACUUAUUUUUAUAUAAACCUAUAUAUAUAUAUAUAUAUAUAUAUAUAUAUAUAUAUAUAUAUAUAUAUAUAUAUAUAUAUAUAUAUAUAUAUAUAUAUAUAUAUAUAUAUAUAUAUAUAUAUAUAUAUAUAUAUAUAUAUAUAUUGCAACGAAGAGAAUAAUGUUCUCCGUUUUCUUCUAGUAAUCGCGACUGAGAAUUGCGACACAUUUCCACUAUUUUUACCUAACAAUGUUAAGCGUGAGGGAGGCAGCCAUGGCGGGGGUGGCCAGACGAGGGGACACGUAUGGCCAGCCCCGCCGGCGCCCCCCUCUGGGCCUCUGCCCUCGGCCAGCAUGAGGCCCUCGGCAGACGGCCCCGCGGCGCCCCUGGCCGGGUGACGAGCCGCGGCCCGCCCCGUCCGGGCUGUCCUUACGAUAAGCUUUUUCCCAAUGGUGCUUGGUUGUGUUACCGCCUAAAUAUUAAGUAAGGCUUCAUUACUUUGCAUUUAAACAAAAUAAUAUAUAAAUAUUUUAUGUUAUUUUGCAGCUAUGUUGUCUUCAGAACAUGGAGAUGCUUUUUUAUCUUGAAAGAAUAUUUGAUUAAAAUACUGAUAGACUUCCGUUUAUACACACUACGACUACUAUUGUUAAGCCAACAUAAUUUUUAAGUUUACGGGCUGGCUGCAGCGCCUGUCCAGUGUGCCAUAAUGUUGCUGGGACGGCGGAAGACCCAAGCUUGAGACAAGGCAAUAAAUGGAAGUUUAUUGAUCCUCAGUCUGUUUAUGUGACCCGGCCGAGGUGAGGGAGGCAGACACGUCCUUCCAUGUUCGUCCUUCCAUCAUGAUAGACCAGCACUUCUUAGCUCUCAAGCACCGCCUGUUUGCACACGUAUAGGUACACCUACACACGCACGGGAACCCUCCACACACUAGUCAGGGGGCCUCGUGCUGCGGUGUGUGUGUGUGUGUGUGUGUGUGUGUGAGAAAGGACAAUCAACACACUCAACAGAUUAUACGUUGAGGGAAUCCAAGCUGAUCGAUCCCUCGCGUCUCGGAACACAAGAAUCACCGGUUCAAUGUUUCGCGGCGCCGAGAGAACAGGUUUUGGCGGAGCAAUGCUGUCAGACAAUCAAGAGACUCGUCGAGGCGGAGUACGACUAAAAUAUACGUGCCUGGAUCCUCUGAAAACACUUCCUGACACACGAGAACUGAUAGGGAACUGGAAUGCAUUUACACACAUACAAACACACACACACACACACACACACACACACACGUUAUGUUCACUUCUUUUAGUUGUUUUGUUAGUAAUAUAUUCAUAGUAGAGUCUAUUUAUCCGAACGUACUUGAGCCUAAAUCCUGAAUGUGAUAUCUCAGUAUGCAACAAAUAAACGCUUGCUUGUU